UUGGUCGCUCUCUCACGGGGGAGAAGUCCAAAUCGCGUGAGAAAUUUCCUUCCUCCCCGUAGAGCUUUUCCCUAUUUGCGAUCUCCUGUUCUUCCUCUUCCCCGCACUUCGAAACCGGAGAGCUGAGAGCCAGAGAAAGAGAGAGAAGAGUGAUGGCUUUGGGCGAUGACAAGGCGAUUGGCGACGGGACUGGGGAUGGGAAGGGAGUCUCGAUGCUUCCCGGCCUCGGAGGCAAGGGGAGGUACGGGCGGAUCGACGCCGACCUCAGCGACGACGGACCCAGGCGGGGAAUCGAAAGCAACAGAUAUAUCUUCGCUUGUGCGAUCUUUGCUUCUCUAAAUUCCGUCCUCCUCGGUUACGAUGUUGGUGUUAUGAGCGGAUGCAUUAUUUUCAUUCAGAAGGAUUUGCGUAUAACCGAAGUUCAGCAAGAAGUCUUAGUUGGGUGUUUGAGCAUUCUUUCACUUGUGGGUAGUUUAGCAGCUGGAAGAACCUCAGAUAAAAUUGGCCGGAAAUGGACCAUUGGUUUAGCUGCAAUUAUUUUCCAAACUGGUGCUGCUAUAAUGGCUUUUGCACCAUCUUUUCAAGUGCUGAUUUUAGGCAGGCUUCUGGCUGGAGUUGGAAUAGGAUUUGGGGUCAUGAUUGCACCUGUUUAUAUUGCAGAGAUAUCUCCGACUGUUUCUCGAGGAUCAUUCACCUCUUUCCCUGAGAUUUUUAUAAAUCUUGGAAUUCUUCUUGGAUACAUCUCAAACUAUGUUUUCUCUGGUCUUUCUGAACACAUAAGCUGGAGGAUAAUGCUUGGUAUUGGGAUUCUUCCAUCUGUUUUCAUUGGAUUUGCCUUGUUUGUGAUCCCCGAAUCUCCUAGGUGGUUGGUUAUGCAGAACAGGCUAGAAGAAGCAAGAUCGGUGCUAAUGAGGAUUAAUGAGAACGAGAAAGAAGUCGAGAAUAGAUUGCGCGAAAUAGCGGAAGCUGCUGGUGUGGUGGAGGGAGAUAAGUAUGUGGAAAAAGCUGUGUGGCAGGAGUUCCUGAGGCCUUCCCCCACAUUGCGUAGGAUGCUGAUUAUUGGGAUUGGCAUACAGUGUUUUCAGCAAAUCAGUGGCAUUGAUGCAACUGUAUAUUACAGUCCAACCAUAUUCAGAGAUGCAGGGAUCAAGUCUGACAGCAAACUUCUUGCUGCAACUGUUGCUGUUGGCAUCGCUAAAACUACAUUUAUCUUAGUUGCAAUCCUUCUAAUUGACAGAGUUGGUAGAAAGCCUUUGUUAUAUGUUAGCACAAUUGGCAUGACUGUUUGCCAGUUUUGUUUGGGUCUGGCUCUUUCAUUGCUUGGAAAUAAUCUGGUUUACCCAAGAGUGGGAAUUUUGGUAGCAAUAUUGUCUGUAUGUGGAAAUGUAGCUUUUUUUUCAGUUGGAAUCGGCCCCAUUUGUUGGGUAUUGAGUUCAGAAAUCUUCCCUCAGAGGCUGCGUGCCCAGGCAGUUGCAUUAGGAACUGUAGGAAAUAGAGUGAGCAGUGGCCUGAUUGCUAUGUCCUUCCUAUCCAUGUGCCGUGCCAUUACUGUGGCAGGAACCUUCUUCAUUUUUUCAGCAAUUUCAGCUAUGUCUGUGAUAUUUAUAAACAUGUAUGUUCCCGAAACCAAAGGCAAGUCUCUGGAGCAGAUUGAAAUGUUAAUUGAUACUAGAAGGGAAUGGCAGCCAAUUGAGGUUGAACUUGGUGAUGCGGAGCAUUUGGUGCAAAAGGAUUAGACUGGCCUGCACUAUUGCAGUUAUGUUUCACUCUGGGCUGUCAUUCUUCUUCCAAGAAAAUUUGGGCUACUCUACCCAUUGUUUGUGGCUCUAUAACUUAUUACGUGAAUCUUACUUCCAAUAUUCAUUUUGCUGCUAGA